AUGAUUGGUCUAAUCCUUGAACAAGAGAAGGCAGUUCGUCAAGUGCUUGGUUUUGACCGUAAAACGACGCAUCUCAUUCCUAAUUGGCAGGACCUUGAUGUCAUGGAGUCACUCGAUGAAGUCCUCUCUCCUUUGGCAGAAUUCACUAACAUCUUAUCAUCAGAGAAACUAGUAACUAUAUCAUCACUAAAACCUCUCCUUCAUCAUCUCAAGACAGAAGUUCUUAUCCGGAAGGACCUUAAAAUUAAUGAUUUACUAGACAAGGCUACAUUCAUAGACCCACGUUUUCGACUUGAAUAUGUACCAGAUAAUCACGUAGCAAAAAUAAAGGAGUCUAUUUUACAAGAAGCAGUGGAACUUACCAGUUCUGAAAGGUCUGGUGUUGCCCCUUUACUUGAAUCUCCCGAACAACCUGAACCAUCUACUAAAAAAAGGAAGUUGGGGCAAAUUUUAAAAAAGAAAGGAGUAACUUCCGGAGAUGGCCCUCUUUCUACUAGAGACAAGGCUGAAAGAGAGAUCAAGCAAUACCUAGUUUGUCCUAAGAUAGAUACAGAGGAUGACCCUCUAGUCUGGUGGCUACAAUAUUCGUCAUCGUACCCAUUACUUUCUAAGGUUGCAAAGAAGUACUUUAGCAUCUGUGCCACCAGCAAGGCAUCUGAAAGACUAUUUAGCAUCUCGGGGCACAUUGUAAAUUCCAAGAGAACGUGUCUUAAGCCGGAGAAGGUGAAUAUGCUUAAAUUUUUGGCAAAGAAUUUAGACUGCUAA